AUGGAGGCCAGGAUAAUAGAGAGGAAGCAAAUGUCAAUUGAGAAGAUGAGGAAGAACAGCACAGUUGAAGAAGUAGAAGAUGAAGAAGAGGAGGAGGAUGAAAGUACUGGUGGUGGUGAUGGUUGUCUUGCAGAAGAUGAGAAGAAGAGAGGUACUGGUUGGAGUGGGAGAAGAGGGUCAAGUGAGGGUGGAGGAGUUUCUCCACCUUCCUGUAAGGCAGAGAAGUGUUGUGCUGAUUUAAGUGUUGCAAAGAAGUACCAUCGCCGCCAUAAGGUGUGUGAGCUUCAUUCCAAGGCACCUGUUGUGGUGGUUGCAGGGCUGAGGCAAAGGUUUUGCCAGCAAUGUAGCAGGUUCCAUGACCUGGCGGAGUUUGAUGAAGCUAAAAGAAGCUGCCGGAGACGCUUAGCCAGACAUAAUGAGCGGCGCCGGAAAAAUAAUGUAGAAAUGCUGAUGACUGUGGGAGAAUUCAGAUGA